CCGAGACUGGGCCCAGAACUCACUGUCCUAGGGUGACAGUGGAGGGGCUUUGGGGAGCAGUGACUCCCCUCCAUCCCCUUCUCACAGACACUGCGGCUACAACGAAAACCAACGGGCAAGAUGAAGACGUGCUGGAAAAUUCCAGUUUUCUUCUUUGUGUGCAGUUUCGUGGGACCCUGGGCAUCUGCAACUGUCAAGCGGCGCCCAAGAUUCCCUGUCAAUUCAAAUUCUAAUGGUGGAAAUGAACUCUGUCCAAAGAUCAGAAUUGGCCAAGAUGACUUACCAGGGUUUGACCUGAUUUCUCAGUUCCAGGUAGAGAAAGAGGCCUCUAGAAGAGCUAUCCAGAGGGUGGUGGGGUCCACUGGACUGCAGGUGGCUUACAAGCUGGGAAAUAAUGUAGACUUUAGGAUUCCAACCAGGCAUUUAUACCCCAGUGGACUGCCUGAAGAAUACUCCUUUUUAACUACUUUUCGGAUAACUGGAAGCACACUUGAAAAGAGCUGGAACAUUUGGCAGAUUCAGGAUUCCUCGGGGAAGGAGCAAGUUGGCAUAAAGAUUAACGGCCAAACAAAAUCUGUCGCGUUUUCAUACAAAGGCCUGGACGGAAGUCUCCAGACCGCAGCCUUCUCCAAUUUGCCCUCCUUGUUUGAUGCCCAGUGGCAUAAGAUCAUGAUCGGCGUGGAAAGGAGUACUGCUACUCUUUUUGUUGACUGCAACAGGAUUGAAUCCUUACCUAUAAAGCCAAGGGGCCCAAUCGAUGUCGAUGGCUUUGCUGUGUUGGGAAAACUUGCAGAUAAUCCUCAAGUUUCUGUUCCAUUUGAACUUCAAUGGAUGCUGAUUCAUUGCGACCCCCUGCGACCCCGGAGAGAAACUUGCCAUGAGCUGCCAGCCAGAAUAACACCCAGCCAGACCACCGAUGAGAGAGGUCCCCCGGGCGAGCAGGGUCCCCCCGGGCCACCAGGGCCCCCUGGCGUUCCCGGCAUUGAUGGCAUCGAUGGUGACCGAGGCCCAAAGGGUCCCCCAGGCCUCCCGGGUCCUGUGGGAGAGCCGGGCAAGCCAGGAGCUCCGGGCAAGCCGGGCACGCCGGGCGCUGACGGUUUAACAGGACCUGAUGGAGCCCCUGGCUCUGUUGGACCAAGGGGACAGAAAGGAGAACCUGGUGUACCUGGACCUCGUGGGUUUCCAGGUCGUGGUAUUCCUGGACCCCCUGGUCCUCCUGGGACAGCAGGACUCCCUGGAGAGCUAGGCCGCGUGGGACCUGUUGGUGACCCUGGGAGAAGAGGACCACCUGGCCCCCCAGGCCCCCCAGGACCUAGUGGAACAAUUGGCUUUCAUGACGGAGAUCCACUGUGCCCCAAUUCCUGCCCACCCGCUCGCUCAGGAUAUCCAGGCAUACCAGGCAUGAGGGGUCAUAAAGGGGCUAAAGGAGAAAUUGGCGAACCAGGAAGACAAGGACACAAGGGUGAAGAAGGUGACCAGGGAGAACUGGGAGAGGUUGGAGCUCGAGGACCUCCAGGAGCUCAAGGUUUGAGAGGCAUCACCGGCAUAGUGGGGGAUAAAGGGGAAAAGGGUGCUCGAGGCUUAGAUGGAGAACCUGGGCCUCAGGGCCUUCCUGGUGCACCUGGGGAUCAGGGACAGCGAGGGCCUCCGGGAGAAGCAGGUCCCAAGGGAGACAGAGGGGCUCAAGGGCCUAGAGGAAUUCCUGGCUCCCCAGGGCCCAAAGGAGACACGGGCUUGCCCGGUGUGGAUGGCCGUGACGGGAUACCUGGAAUGCCUGGAACGAAGGGUGAACCAGGGAAACCUGGGCCUCCUGGCGAUGCAGGAUUGCAGGGGUUACCAGGUGUACCUGGAAUCCCUGGCGCCAAGGGUGUUGCCGGUGAAAAGGGUACUACAGGUGCUCCGGGGAAGCCUGGUCAGCUGGGAAAUUCAGGCAAACCGGGCCAACAGGGGCCUGCAGGAGAGGUGGGACCCCGAGGACCCCGGGGACUUCCUGGCAACAGAGGAGAAGUAGGACCCACAGGAGCCCCAGGCCUGCCAGGUAAACUGGGUCCUCUGGGUAACCCUGGCCUCCCAGGCUUGCCCGGGCCUCCUGGACUUCCUGGAAUGAAAGGUGACAGGGGUGUAGUUGGUGAACCCGGUCCAAAGGGUGAACAGGGUGCCUCAGGAGAAGAAGGUGAAGCAGGUGGAAGGGGUGAACUUGGAGAUGAAGGAUUACCUGGCCCAAAGGGAUCUGUGGGUAACCCUGGGGAGCCUGGCUUGAGGGGACCUGAAGGAGUUCGGGGGCUUCCUGGAGUAGAAGGCCCCAGAGGACCACCUGGACCCCGAGGCGUGCAGGGAGAACAGGGUGCCACUGGCCUGCCCGGUGUGCAAGGCCCUCCGGGCCGAGCACCCACCGAUCAGCACAUCAAGCAGGUCUGCAUGAGAGUCAUGCAAGAGCAUUUUGCUGAGAUGGCUGCUAGUCUCAAGCGUCCCGACUCGGGGGUCUCUGGCCUCCCGGGGAAGCCUGGCCCUCCUGGUCCCCCCGGCCCCCCUGGAGAGAACGGUUUCCCAGGUCAGAUGGGAAUUCGUGGCCUUCCAGGCAUUAAAGGACCCCCUGGACCUCUUGGUUUGAAAGGACCGAAAGGUGACUUGGGAGAAAAGGGAGAGCGUGGCCCUCCAGGAAGAGGUCCUAAAGGUUUGCCUGGAGCUACAGGUCUUCCGGGUGACCCUGGCCCUGCCAGCUAUGGGAGAAAUGGCCGGGACGGUGAGCCAGGCCCCCCCGGGGUGGCAGGAAUUCCUGGUGUGCCCGGGCCCCCAGGACCGCCCGGCCUUCCCGGUUUCUGUGAGCCAGCCUCCUGCACCGUGCAGGCUGGUCAGCGAGCCUUCAGCAAAGGGCCUGACCCCUGAGCGGCUUAGCGCUGCCUGGCCGU